CCUAUGUAUUGCUGAUCUCGAUCGGAAAGAUGACACUUCUAUUUGGCACACUGAAAGUUUCAUUUGGCUAGAAAUCUCUAGCUACUUCCUUUGAAUACAAACCCAACCGGCCGUCUCAGCCUCUCUCUCUCUCUCUCUCUCUCUGUAACAAUGACUAGAACCACAGUCUCUCCAACGCCUCUGCUCAAGGACGAGCUGGACAUUGUGAUCCCCACCAUUCGGAAUUUGGACUUCCUGGAGAUGUGGAGGCCGUUCUUUCAGCCAUACCACCUGAUCAUAGUCCAGGACGGUGACCCAUCGAAGACCAUCAAGGUCCCCGAAGGCUUCGACUACGAGCUCUACAAUCGCAACCAUAUCAAACGGAUUCUGGGUCCCAAAGCGUCCUGCAUUUCUUUCAAGGACUCCGCCUGCCGCUGCUUCGGUUACAUGGUCUCCAAGAAGAAGUACAUCUACACCAUCGACGAUGAUUGCUUUGUUGCUAAAGAUCCGUCUGGCAAGGAUAUUAAUGCACUUGAGCAGCACAUAAAAAACCUCCUGACUCCAUCAACUCCAUUUUUCUUCAACACCCUUUAUGACCCGUACCGAGAAGGUGCAGAUUUUGUCCGUGGAUAUCCGUUCAGUCUCCGUGGAGGUGCCCCGACUGCUGUUUCUCAUGGUCUCUGGCUCAAUAUCCCAGAUUAUGAUGCUCCCACCCAGCUUGUCAAGCCACUUGAGAGAAACACAAGGUUUGUGGAUGCAGUUAUGACAAUACCCAAAGGAACCCUAUUCCCCAUGUGUGGUAUGAAUCUGGCAUUCAACCGUGAAUUGAUUGGGCCUGCAAUGUACUUUGGACUCAUGGGUGAUGGCCAGCCAAUUGGACGCUACGAUGAUAUGUGGGCUGGCUGGUGCACCAAGGUGAUAUGUGAUCAUUUAGGCUAUGGAGUCAAGACUGGUCUGCCUUACAUCUGGCACAGCAAAGCUAGCAACCCUUUUGCAAACCUUAAGAAGGAAUACAAAGGAAUUUACUGGCAAGAAGAGCUGGUCCCAUUCUUCCAGUCUGUUACCCUUCCGAAGGAUUGCACUACUGUGCAGAAAUGCUACACUGAACUCUCCAAGCAAGUCAGUGCUAGACUUGGUAAGGUGGAUGAAUACUUCAUCAAACUGGCUGAUGCCAUGCUCACAUGGAUCGAAGCAUGGGAUGAGCUGAACCCAUCUGGACUAAAAUCUGUUGAUUUGCUGAAUGCUCCUGCAAAAUAGAUUUUUGAUUAACUUUAUGGUCGCUUUCGGUAGCCGUAGUCUUGUUCCUUUAUCCAAGCUUUUGCAUUGAAGCUAGUGAGAGGAUAUACUUCUAUUCGAUCGGGUUAUUAGUAUAUGACGGUAGAUCGAUAAAAGAUCAAUAAUUUUGUAUUUCUAUAUAUAGUUUGUAUUCCUAUAAAUUGUUUGGUAGAACAGUUUUUUAGCUAUUUAUUUGACAGUGAUUGAAUUGAGAUUA